CAAAGCCCGGCCCUGGGGCAUCUGCACCAGCAGCAGCUGCCACCGCCUCGUGCCCCACGCCUGUGCUUUCCCUCCCUUCCUUAGGUUCUCAUCAGGCAGCUGUAUGGCAGGAGGAUGGCAGAGGACAACCAACGGGUGGAUUAUCUGGCCGGGUUUUGCUGCCCGGUCGGGGGUCUGGCUGCGGGCAAACCCCGGGUGCUGUGCCACGAGUCAGAAAUCUAUCUCUCCAAUGGGAGUGAAUUCGUCUAUAUCUACAACCAAGAGGGAAAGCUGCUGAAUGCUGUGUAUAGGUUUCCUGAUCAAGUCUGGCAUCUGGAGCUCCUCCCCUUACGUAGGGAGCUCUAUGUCCUGUGUGCUCGAAAUGGCAUUUACUGUUUGCCACUGGACUCUCAAAGCAGGUUGGUGAACCAGACUGAUGGAGAGGACAAAGAAGGUGAUUUCCCUUCAAGUGUGUUUCCUGUGGACUCAGACUCCUGUGUCUUCCCUGAUGCUACUCUGUGUGCUUUCACGGUUCUGAAUGACAUCAUCAUCACCCUGGCUCAGGGCCCAUCCAAAUGGAGGAUGAGACUGUUUGAGCAGCCUCAAGGUUCAGAUGAGGACCCCAGGCCAGGGAGCCAGUUCAGUGAGGUGGAGUUCUCUACCUGCAUUUUGCCAUCAGGGAGCAAUGGAAAACCUCUGGCCUCUCGCUUCCUCCCAGUCCUGUGCUGUGCAUCCCCUCCAGGCACUAGUGUUCCCCACACACCUUGGUGUAGUUCUGGAGGUUUUGUGCUGGAGGAGACCCUGUUUGGUUUGCUGUUUGGAGCAGAUGCUGCCCUUCUGGAGUCUCCCAUGAUCCUUUGUGGUUUUCCAGAUGGUCAACUGUGCUGUGUGCCUUUGAAGGCCCUGUUGUCUCCUGAGGUGGCUCUUGGUGGCCCAGAAACCCCUGUCAAGAUACUUCAUCACUUAGAAGAGCCUGUGGUCUUCAUUGGAGCUCUAAGAACAGACCCAAGGAUCCUAGAAGACAUGGAUGAGAAACCACUAAGUGAAGACACAAGCUGUGACUGUAUGGUAGCUGUUGGUCACUAUGGCAAAAUGAUGGCCAUUAAAUCCAGUCGGGAAGAAGGAGGAAACCUGGUGCCAGAACUCAGAGAAUACUAUAUUAGAGGACCUAUUCUCUGUGCUGCCUGUGGUGUGGGAAGCCGCAUGUAUUACAGCACCCAUUCUGAUCUUUCUGUGGUUGACCUGGCUUGUAACAGCAACCCCUCAGACCCUGAGAAGAUAGAUAAUGCCCAGGGGGUCCUACCUUCAGUUCUGUCUCCAGCCAGUUUAAGUAUCUGUAGUGUUGUGACCCUUUCUGUGUCUUCUAGGGCACCUAAAGGUGAAGCAGAGCUGCUGGCCCUGUCUGCUAAGGGCCGACUAAUGACCUGCAGUCUGGAUCUGGGUUCUGAGGAUUCUCGACCAGUGAGGAUGACCACAGGAAAAGUGGGUCAAAAAAUUAAGGAAUUACUCUCUGGAAUUGGCAAUGUCUCUGAGAGAGUGUCUUUCCUGAAGAAGGCCGUUGAUCAGCGGAACCGUGCCCUGACGUGCCUCAAUGAAGCCAUGAAUGUGAGCUGUGCCCUUCUGUCUAAUCGAGAAGGACCAAAGCCCAUUAAUUGUACCACCACCACUGCCUGGAGCCGAUUUCAACUCCGGGAUGUGCUGACAGCCACUUGUUUGCUUGAGAAUAGUAGUGACUACAGUCUAGACCAAGGGUGGACCUUUUGCAUUCAGGUGUUUACUAGUUCCUGUGCCUUAGAAGUGGACUCUGUUGGCUCUGCCAUCACUUACACCAUUCCAGUUGAUCAGCUCACUCCUGGCAGUAAAAGAGAAGUGACAUUACCACUUGGCUCCAAUGAAAAUGGCAAACUAGACCUACCUGUGACCAUAUCCUGUGCACUAUUUUACAGCCUCAAAGAGAUUCUGGGCAGUGCUUUAACUUCUUCAGAUUCUCUGGAUGCCCCUUUUUUUGAUGACUGCCCCCCUGACAUCCUACCUGACCGGGAUGGUAUCUUCUUGCCCCUGGGUGAAUACACUGUGGACAUGCUGCAGUGCCUUCGUUUCCCUAGCCUUGCAGUGGCUGAAGUGCAAGUUCCAGGCCUUCCCAGCCCUACCAGUGACCCUGUGAAAACCUUUUUAGAAGCCUCCAGGGGGCAAGUAGAGCCUGAACAUAUGAAAAACAUCGAGCCAAUGGGACCAGACUUUCUUAGAGCCAAGUACCUUCCACCAUCAGUGGCCUCAGUCAAGGUGUCAUCUGAGUUGCUCAAAAAUGCCCUGAAAGAAUAUUGCUUAGAAGUCCCCCUGUGUUGUGCUACUCUCCAGUGGCUAUUGGCUGAGAAUUCCAUAGUGGACAUAGUGAAGACGCAGGUGCUGACAGAAGUCCAGGGGGUGGCCCCAGAUGGAAACGACAUCCACCUCCUCGUUCGAGAGGUGGCUGUGACUGAGCUGUGCCCUGCGGGGCCCAUCCAGGCUGUGGAAAUCCAGAUGGAGAGCCCCUCUCUGGCUAACAUGUGCAGGGUGCAUCAUGCAGUGAUCAGACGCAUCCAGAUAAUGAUCAUGGACCAGGCUGCUCAGGGUUCUAACCCACCUGAUCUCCGUGUGCAGUAUCUUCGUCAGAUCCAUGCCAAUCAUGAGAUACUACUCAAGGAGGUACAGUCUCUGAGAGAUCGUCUGUGUGUUGAGGAUGACGCCAGUGCCAGCGCUGCUGCAGAGAAACUCCUGCAAGUCUACAAGCAGCUUCGAAACCCAAGCCUCAUCCUGCUGUGACCUCUGGUGCUGGUUCUUCUAUUAAGCAGCUCUGACAUUUCACCUCUUGACUGCUAGAAAAUCUUCCAUAUGAUCCCUAAGGAUGGGAUUGAAGAUACCCUCUCCAUUGAGAAGCCAAGCAGUGUGCAGUAAUAGAGGCGGUGGAAAUCUUCUGACACCCCCCAGGAUGGGGAUGUCUAAGCCUGAUGAGGGCCCUUUCAUGCCAGAGAAAGGUUUUGAGGGGUGGAUCUGUUUUUAACUUUUUUGAUAUUAUACAACACCAGAGAAUGAGCUAGCCUCUCCUGAACAGGAACAUCUAACCCUGCCUAGAGCAGAACUCAUCCCCAUUCCCACUGACACCUCCCAUUCCCUGCCCAUUUGCUUCCCCUUUGGGUAAUUGAGGCUGAAGAGCAGUGAGUAUUUUCUGUCAUUCUUAGGAUAACUGCCUCAUGCAUGAAUGGUUCUUGAGCCUUGUACCCAUGGCAUGAUGAGAAUAGGUGAUGUAUAUUUUGUGUGUUGCUUGUGAGUGCUAGUUUAGCUUCUGAUGUUCGUAGCUCAGCAGUGGCUUUGUGUUUCACAGUGGAAAGAACCUGUCAUUUCAACCCACGUUCAUAGUUUCCCAUAACAGUGGCCAGAAUGCUAAAUAACUAAAUAACUACAUAUUAGAAA